AUGACUCCUUCAGAUCACUCUUUGUCACUCAAGAGUCUUCCUUUGAGAGAUAAUCUCAACUCCGGGAUCUCUUCUGCAGAGGGCUACCCACAACCUCCAGCUACUCCCAAAGGCAUUACGCCCCUGACCUCCAAAGUGACGAGUGUCCUCUCCACGACACAUUCCGAUGCUGAAUUCCGAGACGCCUUGUCUCUUCUUGAUCAACGUGGGAUUCAAAACGACGCCGAGACUCGUCGACGUGUUCGAUUAGACUUGCAAAAAGAAGUCAUUGACAGUAAUGGCGAAGUUAUUGCCGAAUUCGGGCGCGUAGCAGAGCAACUCAGGCGCAUUAAAACAACUAUCGACAAGCUCAACAAUGGGUAUGAUGAAAUGAAAGGCCAAGUUGUCGAGGCUCACAGACAAACUUUACCGGCACUUUCUGAGGCAUCUUCUCUACUAGAGCAAAGAAGGCAAGUUGAGGUCAAGCAGGAACUUCUCGGGGCUUUCAGAAAACACUUCAUCAUGUCUGACAACGAAGUCGCUGCUUUGACACAAACGGCUGAACCGGCUGAUGACCAUUUCUUCGACGCUUUGAGCAAGGCAAAAAAGAUUAGCAAGGACUGCGAGAUCCUGCUCGGUUUUGAGAAGCAGACACUAGGACUGGAGCUUAUGGAGCAAAUGUCGAAAAACAUCAACCUCGGCUUUCAAAAACUCUACAAGUGGAUUCAACGGGAAUUCAAGACCCUGAAUCUUGAGAAUCCUCAAAUGAACUCUUCGAUCCGUCGGGCACUCCGAGUUCUGGCUGAGCGACCGUCGCUCUUCCAGAACUGUCUCGAUUUCUUCUCCGAAGCUCGGGAAAGAAUCCUCUCGGACUCGUUUUACACAGCACUGACUGGUACUUUGCCAUCAGGAGCUGAAGAUCAAUCUGUCAAACCAAUCGACAUGUUGGCACACGACCCAUUGCGUUAUGUUGGAGACAUGCUAGCCUGGAUCCACUCAGCUACUGUCAGUGAACGAGAAGCAUUGGAGGUUCUCUUCGUUGCCGAGGGGGAGGAACUUGCCAAGGGGCUCAAGUCUGGACGAGAUGCCGAGAUAUGGCGGCUUGUUGCCGAGGACGACGAAGCUGAAGCUGAUUUCAAUGCACUCAAAGCACUGAAUGAUCUGGUUGAUCGUGAUGUUUCUGGUGCUGCCCGAGUGCUUCGUCAACGAAUGGAGCAGGUAAUCCAAGCAAACGAGGACACCAUCCCAGCCUAUAAACUUGCAAACCUCAUCAAUUUCUAUCGCAUUACUUUUCAGAAAACACUGGGCCCCAACUCAAACUUGGUAGAGUUAAUCGGAGGUCUGGAAACAGAGGCGCUACGGCAAUUCCGAGCACUGGUAAGGGAUCACAUUGCAGCCCUGCAGGGUGAAUUUCAACAUGCCCCUUCAGACCUUGGUCCGCCCGGUUUUCUACAAGAGUCCCUCAAACAGCUCAAGGCUAUUACCAAAACUUACGAUUCCUCGUUAUCUGCUUCAGAAGAUCGAGAGAGCGAGUUUGAGAACGUAUUAACAGAGGCUUUUGAACCGUUCAUGGCCGGCUGUGAGAAUAUGGCUAAGAACAUGAACACACAGAAUGGCGCCAUCUUCCUUAUCAACUGUUUUUCUUCGGCAGUAGCAUGUUUAGAACCGUUCGAAUUCACGCAACGAAGAACCAAGCAGCUACGUGAGAAAUCAGAUGAUCAGGCCAAAGGGCUCAUCACCAGUCAAUACCACUUUUUCCGAAAAGGCUCAGGGUUGGAUGCCAUCUUCUCCAAGUUGGAGGAAGACGAUGAUAAAGAUGCCACCUCAUUGGAUGAGAAAGCUCUGGCUCAGGCAAGCCAAACACUGGAUGACUUCUUGCCAUCGGCACUCAUGGACGCUAUGGAGAAUCUAAAGCAUCUUCAAGACGCCAAACUGGCCCGGCAGAUCACUGAGGAAGCGGCCGAGCAAUUCUGCAAUGACUUUGAACAACUAGAGGAGGUGAUAACAGAGGGUGAUGACGAAUCCGUGAACUCUGAAGAAGAAGAUCAAGGGCUGCGGUCUGUGUUUCCCAGAACCACAGCAGAAAUUCGCGUACUGCUUUCCUAA